AAGUACAUUAGCCCGUAAAAAGCUGGAAGAUCAUUUACGUCGCAAGGACAGUGAUGUACAGGGCCUGGAGGAGCACAGUCGUACGUUAGAGCGAGAACUGAGGGCUAAGGAAGAUGCUGAGGCAGAGCUCCUUAGCCAAGUGAGAAUCAUGGAAAUGGAUCUGGCCCACAAGUCAGAAGUCAGGUCAGGUUUCUCCAAAGAAGGUGCACAACUCUCAACCUUUACAACCAGUUCUUCAAUAAUCCAUUCUGAAGCUGAGGCAGAGGUUCUGCAACGCAAAAUGGAAGAGCUCAUUAUGGGCAAGAAGCGAGCUGAGACUGAGAUCAAGACCUUGAAGUCUGAAUUGAACUCAGUCAUUGUCCACAAAACUGUGGCUGAGGAGAAAGCCCAACGUUUCAAAGAACUCUUAGAUGAGGCAAACAGCAGGCUGUUGAAGCUGCAAGUGGAAAUGGAUGCAGAUAGGUCCAACAUGAGACAGAAAGCAGAGGAGUUAAGACAAGAAUCUUCUGAACUGAAAAAGUCUGUCUAUGUGUAUCAAGAGCAAAUCAAGUCUCUCCAAAGAGACAAAUCGGCUCUGGAGCAGAGAGUGCUGUUCCAGAAGACAGAGGUUGAUGGCAUAAAGGACCAGCUCAAGGUCAACCAAGGAAAACUUUUACAGUGGACCUCCUUGGAACAGGAGAGCACUCAUAAGUUGAGGUGCCUAGAAGAUGAGUUGUCUUCCAAACAGACUGAAGUAGAGCAGAUGGCAUUUAAGGUCAAUGAACUUAAUAGAAAGAAUCAGUUAUUGGAAAGUGAUACCCGACAUCUUAAGGUAAGUAUUGAGUCAAUCCAGCAAGACAAAUCACAUGCUGACCAAAAGAUUAAAACCCUGAAAGGUGAAGCAGAGGUUUUGAAGGAGCAACUGCAGAGAGCCAAAGAAGAGAUCAAUUUGAAGACAAGAACAGAGAAGGAAGCUCAACACAAAAUGAAAAACCUUGAAUUGGAGCUUCAGAAAAGUUCCUUGCAAUUGACACAGCUUGCUAAGAAAGUAGAAGAACUCAAGAAGAUUAACAUGGACAGUGAGCGUUCCAUUAAAAAUGCGAAAGCAGAACUCGAUAGAGCAUCCAUCGAGAUUGAGAGUAAGGAACAGCAAAUUAAUAUACUCAGAUCCCAGGCAGAAAGUGCAAAAUCUCAGGUGAAAAUAGUUGAAGAGGAACUUCAGAAUAAAACACAGGUAUCUCAUGAGCUUCAAAUCAAACUUAAAGAUUACAAUGAAGAAGCCAAAAAGACAACCGAGCUACAGCAGAAGAUCAAGUCUCUCACACUGACCAUCACCAACUAUGAAAAAGAUAUUUCAAAUCUCAAAGCAGAGUUGAGUUCCAUAACCACCGAGAGGAAUCUGGCUAAUCAGAAGGUUCAGGAACAUAAAGUCGAGAUAAAUAACUUGAACAUGGCUUUAAAAAAAGCCAUAGGAGAAUCUCAAAGGGAGUCAUCUGAAGGUAAGAAGAGCAUGUCAAAGGUGAGAGAACUUGAAAAUGAGCUUUUGAAAUGUAAGCAGACGAUUAGCAGGAUCAGUGGAAGUUCAGAAAAAGCCGCAGUAAGCCUGAAACAGGACAUUUCAUCUCUUCAGAGGGAUAAGCAAACCGCUGACCAGAAGUUACAGGUGUUAAAAUGUGAAUUUGAUGAUCUUAGUUCCACUCUAAAAAGAACAAAAGAUGAGCUACAGCGGGUGACUGAAGAAAACCGGUUAAGUCAGUCCAAAUUCAAAGAAUUGGAGGCAGAACUCCAAAGGAAAAGUUCUGUUAUGCGAGAAUUGAGCUCAAGCGCAGAUAAAUCUGUACUGAAUUUAAAACAAGAACUAGUCACUUUUCAAAAGGAUAGAAAUGCUGCAGAAGACAAAAUAACAAGUUUAACUCUCCAAACAUCAGAACUUAAGCAGAAGUUGAAACAAACCCAGGAAGAGCUUAAGCAGAAGCAAAAUCAAACGGCAGCUGCUGAGUUGAGGUCACAAAAGCUUGGUGAACAAUUGGAAAACUGUAAAAAGAUGCUUGAUGAUCUCAAAGGUAAACUCGACCUACAAAAGAAAGGCUAUGAGACUCAACUGCAGUUAGUGCAGGCUGAAAUGGAGCAAAAGCUUUCUCUGCAAGAAUCACGCUUAAAGUUGGAGCAUGAGAGGAAAUCAAAGGAGCACUCUCAUACUGUGGAAACUGCAGAGAGAGACAACAAGAACCUGUCUCAAGAAUUGGAAAAGCUGAAAGCAUUCAUUGCUAAUGCAACAAAAGCCAAACAGGAAGCUGAACAACACCUUUGCAAUGUUCGUACACAGUUGGACGAAUCUGACAGACAGAGGGGAAUUCUUGACCUUGAACUUCUCAAAGCAAAAUCAAAGAUUUCUGAGUUGGAAACUGAAAAAAUCAGGGUCAAAUCCAGUAUUUUUCAACUCGACAAUAUUCACAAAGACAGCUCAAACGAGAUAUCAAGGUUAAAGCGAAUGUUGGCAGAGACUGAGCAGAAAUUGGACAUCUCAGAAAGGGAAGCAAGAUCUCUAAAAGAACAGAUUGUCUCAUACAUCAAGGAAAUGAAGUCUCUACAGGAGAAGAAUCUGAAGCUUGAGGUAGCAGUCAACUCUGAGCAGAAGCAUCUAAAAGAAUUGGAGGCACUUGGACAAGCCAAUCAUCAGUGUGCAAAAGACGAAGAGCUGACAAAGCUCAAGACUGAACUUCAGCUGACUCAGAAAACUGUUGUGUCAUACGAAGAAGCGAAACAGAGCCUGGAGGAGGAACUAAAGAAAAUGAAAAUGAGCUCUGAGGUACGACUUCAAUUGCAUUCACAGUUUUCUGUGAAAGAUUUCAUUAAAAGGUGAAGUGUGUAAUUUCUU